AUGGAAGAGGCGGUCACUUACACCGCGGGAGACGCCUCUACACCGCCGGAUCUGCGCAUUCUACAUUACAACGACGUUUAUCACAUCGACGCGUCUUCCGCCGAGCCAGUGGGAGGCAUCGCCCGCUUCCAGACGGUCUGUAACUACUACCGCGACGAUGAUCGAUUUUCGGGGCAACCAAAUCUUCUCACGAUCUUUUCGGGAGAUGCAUUCAACCCUAGCUUGGAGAGCAGCGUGACCAAAGGCAGUCAUAUGGUGCCUGUGCUCAACAUGAUAGGGACGGAUGUCGCUUGUGUCGGCAACCACGAUCUCGACUUCGGCGUCAAGCAGUUUCGCAGUCUUGCCUCUCAGUGCAAGUUUCCCUGGCUUCUCGCCAAUGUGCUCGUGCUAGACCCCCAGCUGGGCGAUGACGUCCCUCUAGGUAAUGCGAAGAAAACCGCGAUGCUGACCUCUUCCAAUGGAAUCAAGGUCGGCGUCAUUGGUCUGGUUGAGCGAGAAUGGCUGGACACCAUCAACUCGUUGCCUCCGAAUUUGAUCUACAAGUCGGUUGUGGCUACGGCAACGGAACUGGUGCCAGGCUUGCGAGAACAAGGGGCACAGAUCAUCAUCGCCGUAACCCAUCAACGAGAGCCCAACGACAACAAACUCGCGGAGAGGACACCUGACGGGCUGAUCGACUUGAUCCUAGGAGGUCAUGAUCACUUCUACCAGCACAGUCUCAUUCACGGCACGCACGUGCUCCGCUCCGGGAGCGACUUCAAACAGCUGAGUUACAUCGAAGCUCGACGACGGCCUGGGGACUGCAACAAGUGGGACUUCCAUAUCGUCAGGCGAGAUAUCAAGUCAGAAAUCCCUCAGGAUGCAAAGGCGCUUGAACUCACAGAAGAACUCACGACGUCCUUGAAGCCAAAGUUGGAAAAGCCAUUAGGUUAUACUGCUGCUCCACUGGAUGCCAGGUUUACCACCGUCCGGCUGAAGGAGUCAAAUCUGGGGAACUUUGUUUGCGACUUGAUGCGUUCUUACUACCAAGGCGAUUGCUGUCUCAUGGCUGCUGGUACCAUAAGAGGCGACCAGAUCUAUCCUCCGGGAGUACUUCGGAUGAAGGAUAUCAUGAAUUGUUUUCCCUUUGAAGACCCGACCAUCGUCAUCCGGGUUACUGGAGCUGCCCUUCUGGCCGCGCUGGAGAACUCUGUUUCUACAUAUCCCGCCCUCGAAGGUCGUUUUCCCCAGGUAUCCAAUAUCGAGUUCGAAUUCGACCCGUCCCUGCCGCCUAACCAUCGAGUCAACUGGGCAAACGUCGGUGGGGAACCUAUCGACCUCGAAAGGAAAUACACCCUCGUGACACGAGGAUACAUGGGACGAGGCAAGGACGGAUUCGAUUCUUUGCUCGUGCAAUCGGAAGGAGGCGAGGCUGAAGAAAUCGUCUCCGAGGAGAACGGCAUGUUGAUCAGCAUGUUACUUCGCCAGUAUUUCAUGUCUUUGAAGAUCGUUGGCAAGUGGAAGCACUGGGGCAAGAGCCUGGCUCGACACUGGGACGGAGUACAAGGCGACUUGCAUUCGACGCACCCUGUCGUCGAACCCAAACCGGAAGCGGUGGAGAAUUCUGGCGAGAACGGGAACACAACUACGCCGCUCGACGACUCAGACGACGAGGGUCAUCACCGAGUUCGGGUACCUAAAGGAGACAAAGACGAGCGAGAACAGCAGAUCAUCCGGAGGGUGGUGCGCAAGUGGUGGCGACUUGCCGGACUCAAAGGCCAGCCGAGGUGCUGCGACAACAUGGGCGAAGGGGAAUUCCAGGUCGACUGGACCAGAGCCAUUGCACCUCGACUCGAAGGGCGCAUCAAGAUCACCAAGAGCGCCCCGAGUCCGGGGACGACACCUUGA